CAAAGUUUAUUUUGAUCUAUUUCGUUAGAACGAACUCAUCUUUCCUAGAUUUAUUAACAAAAAAACAAAAGAGACUAAUCUUUUUUAGGUCUUCACUAACUAGUAUUCGAAGUUUAUCCGUUUUAACACAAAUCCCAUCUUCUAUUAUCAAAAAUGAGAGAUUACAAAGUCGUCGUUUUAGGUGCCGGUGGUGUAGGUAAAUCAUCGGUUACUGUUCAAUUCGUUCAGGGUGUAUAUGUUGAAAGUUAUGAUCCAACUAUUGAAGAUUCAUAUCGUAAACAGAUUGAGAUCGAUGGUAGAGCUUGUGAUUUAGAAAUCUUGGAUACUGCUGGGGUUGCUCAAUUUACUGCAAUGAGAGAAUUGUAUAUUAAAUCUGGUAAGGGUUUCCUACUUGUUUAUUCUGUCACUGAUGAAAAUUCUUUGAAAGAAUUAUUGGCCUUGAGAGAACAAGUUUUGAGAAUUAAAGAUUCAGAUAAUGUCCCUAUGGUUUUAAUUGGUAACAAAUGUGAUUUAGAUGAUGACCGUGUUUUAAGUAUAGAUGAUGGUAUUAAAGUAUCUCAAGAUUGGGGGUUAGUACCUUUUUAUGAAACUUCGGCAAUGUAUAAAACAAAUGUCGAUGAAGCUUUCGUUGAUGUCGUUAGACAAAUCAUGAGAAAAGAAGCUCAAAUUAGUGCUGAAAAGAAACAACAAAAAGAAUUACAAAAACAACAAAAUGCUUCAAAUGAUCAAGGUAAUAAUGCUAAAUCUAGCGAAACGGAAGAUAAGCCUACUAAAAGAAGAACAAGACAAUCCACAAUUGAUGAUCCUAAUGGUCUUGACUCUGCGCCAAAGAAUAAAUGUUGUGUAAUUAUGUGAAUCAAACGAAUCAAAUCAAAUAAAAUAAAAAAACCAAACAAAACAAAAAAUCAAACAAAAAACCAAAC